AUGGCCUCAAAGACCCAUGUCCCUGUUUCCGCAACACAAGGAACCACUUCACUACCAUCACCUACAGGUUUUCUCCCUAUCCGAGCUCCUAUUACUAUUGAUGAUUCUCAAUCUGAUGGUUAUAAAACUGACGCCUCUGAUAGCAACAUCAGUAGUGGUAGUGGUACUAGUAGUAAUUUUGAUAAUGGGUUUGUGAGUGGUGAAGAAGAGUUUGAUACUGCAUCCGAGAGGCCUUUUUUAGGUGACCCAGAUGAGGAAAACAGUGAAGAUGGUGGUUUUGGUGGCAGCUAUCAAGUUUCUAGGCCUUUUGUGGCUGACCUAGAUGAAGAAAGUUUAGUUCUUGAGGAUAAGGAGGAGGAGGAGAGUGGUGUAACUGAUGAAUUUAGCCCAGUUGUUGACUUGGACAGUGCGAAUUCGAAUGAAGUUAGGCCUAUUGCUCAGUUGUCAAUGGACGAUGAUGGGUUUGAUGAGGUGACUGGUGAUGAGGGAAUGAUAAGUGAAGUGGAAGAUGGAAGGCUUUCACGUGGUGCCAAGGUUCCUAGUUUGGGGGCUCAAGAGAGAGCGGAUGCUGCACUUCUGGUUAAGACGCUGGGUAUUGAAGAGGAUAAAGAAGAUGAGUUAUUGGUGCAGAGUAGUUCUUCCUCUGAGGACAACCAGUCUGGGUUGUUAAUGGAGAGGGAUAAUGGACCUAACUAUGGUGUUUUGGAUCCUAAACAUGCUUUUGUGAUGAAUGGUUCUGGUUCUGUUAAUGACUCGGGUUCAGUUAAAUUGUUCGAGGACAAUGCUCAUAUUGUUACAGUUAUUCAGCCCACGAACUUGUGGUUGAAUGUUGAUUCUCCUGUAACCUCUGAAGGUGAUAGAAUGGAAGUAGUGCGAGAAAGCAAUAUAUAUUCCUCUGGUAUCAAAGAUGAAGCAACCCGUGAUUCAGAAACAAUAGGAGGACAAAAAGGCUCACUUUCUGAUGAUGAUAUUGAAGAGUUAAUUUUUGGUGGCUCUGGAACAAACAAUCUCAUCAUGAAUGAAUUAGAGCAAAAUCUAGCCUUCUCUUCGGGCCCAGGGAUUGAAGCUUAUCAUGAUCAUCCACAGACGAUAGAUGGACAGCUUACUAUGGACUCAGAUGAAGAUACAGACGCGGAUGAAGAAGCGGACAUAGAUAAAGAGCCAUUAGGAAAACAAUUAUUUGAUUCUGAUGCAUUUGCUGCUCUUUUGAAAGCAGCAACUGGUGCUGAAUUGGAUAGAGGCAGAAUAGCAGUUAGCUCUGUUGAUGGUUCUGGAUUAUUUGCUCUUCAACGUCCUCCUGGUUCAGGCUUCCCGUUUCGCACUAGGAGACCUGCUCCCCCACCAGAUGUGGUAAAGCGCACUUUAAGUGAAGAAGAAAAGAAGAUUUUAGAGAAGAUACAGCACAUAAAGGUGAAGUUCUUGAGGCUUGUCCAGCGACUAGGACAGUCUCCUGAAGAUUCUAUAGUUGAAUCAGUGCUACAUCGGCUGGACCCAGAUGAAGGGAAACAUGUUAGUCUAGAGUUUAGCCUUGAAACGGCUAAGAGUAUGGCCAUGCAGCUUGAAGCAGAGGGCAAAGAUGAUUUAGACUUCUCUUUGAACAUUUUGGUUCUCGGGAAAACUGGAGUGGGGAAGAGUGCUACCAUUAAUUCUAUUUUUGGUGAGAAGAGAGUUGAGAUCAAUGCAUUUGCACCUUCCACGACUAGGGUAAAUGAGAUAGUUGGAACCAUUGAUGGAGUUAAAAUCAGAAUCAUUGACACACCAGGUCUCAGGUCCUCUGUAAGUGAAGAGGCUACCAACCGGAAAAUAUUAGCAUCUAUAAAAAAGUUGAUAAACAAGUUUCCUCCAGAUGUUGUUCUCUACGUUGACCGGCUAGACACCCACGAUAGAGAUCGCAAUGAUUUGCCGUUGUUAAGUUUGCUUUCCAGAACUCUAACUUCUUCAAUAUGGAAUAAUGCAAUUGUCACUCUGACGCAUGCCGCUUCUCCUCCUCCUGAUGGACCGUCUGGUUCAUCUCUAGGUUUUGAGGUGUAUGUUGCUCAACGAUCUCGUGUUAUUCAGCAAGCAAUCAGCCAAGCAGUUGGUGAUCCGUAUCUGAUGCAUCCAAGUAUGAAGCAUCCAGUGUCUCUUGUUGAGAACCAUUCUUUGUGCCAGGAGAACGAAAACAGAGAAAAUGUCCUCCCGAAUGGACAAAGUUGGAGACCCCAAUUAUUACUGCUGUGUUACUCGCUGAAGGUUUUGUCCGAAGCAAGUUUUAUAUGCAAGCCUCAAGAUCUUAUUGACCGCAAGAAGCCUUUUGGUUUCCGCUCUUUACCUCUACCCCACCUGGUGUCUUAUCUAUUGCAGUCUCGCCCUCAUCUAAAACUCCCUACUGAUCUAGUUAGUGAGGACAUUGAUUCAGAUAUGGACUUGGUUGAUCUCUCUGAUUCGGAUGGAGAAGAUGAGGAUGAAUAUGACCAGCUUCCACCAUUCAAGCCUUUGAGGAAAUCUCAGGUUCAGAAGCUCAGCAAAGAGCAAAAGAAAGCUUAUUUUGAGGAGUAUGAUUAUCGGGUGAAACUUCUUGAAAAGAAGCAGUGGAGAGACGAGUUGAGAAGGUUGAAGGAGAUAAAGAAGAGAGGCAAAGACAGCAAUAAUGACAUUUGGGAUGAUGUGGACCGGGAAGAUGAAGGUCCAGCACCAGUGCCGGUUCCUUUGCCUGACUUUGUCCUCCCAUACUCGUUUGACAGUGACAAUCCUUCAUACAGGUACCGGGUUUUGGAGCCUGCAUCUCAGUUUCUUGUUAAGCCAGUUUUGGAUGCCCAUUCCUGGGAUCAUGAUUGUGGGUAUGAUGGUGUUAACAUUGAAAGUAAUCUUGCUAUUGCUGGUCGGUUUCCUGGUGCGUUUAUGGUUCAAAUCACAAAAGACAAGAAAGACUUCAGUAUCCAAUUUGAUUCUUCAGUUUGUGCAAAGCAUGGAGAAAAUGGAUCAACUAUGGCAGGAUUCGACAUCCAGACUAUUGGUAGGCAGCUUGCUUAUAUCUUGAGAAGUGAGACCAAACUUAAAAAGUUUAAGAUGAACAAAACAUCAGCUGGGAUAUCUGUUACUCUACUAGGUGAAAAUGUCGCCACUGGACUCAAGAUUGAGGAUCAGAUUACAGUUGGAAAGCGCUUGGCUUUGGUGGGAAAUGCUGGCACUGUGAGAUCUGGUAGUGAUACUGCCUAUGGAGCCAACUUUGAAGUGCGCCUCAAGAGUAAAGAUUUUCCCAUAGAGCAGGACCAGUCAACAUUAGGUCUGUCCUUGAUGAAGUGGAGGGGUGAUUUGGGUCUGAUGGCCCAGUUACAGUCUCAAUUCUCCAUUGGUCGGAAUUCCAAAAUGGCUAUCCGUGUUGGAAUGAACAAUAAGCAAAGUGGUCAGAUCUCCAUCAAGACAAACAGCUCGGAACUGCAAGCUGCACUUAUUGGUAUUGUGCCAAUUGCAGUGUCCCUCCUUCGGAGUAUUUAUCCCGGUUCUAAUGCAGGACGCUCAAAUAUACUAGAUUAUUAA